AUGAUGGCUACUAGACCGUGGGCAAGUUUGACACCUGUUCAAGCUUUAGUUGAACAAUGUUGUGAUCCAACAUUACCUGUGCCCAACGACGUAGCAAAUAUAGAAUUAGCCGAAAUGAUCAACAAGAGAAAGGCUAAUAGCGCGAGAGAAGCUACACAUGGUUUAUUGACACAUAUAAAUUCAAGAAAUCCAAAUGAAGCUAUCAUAGCUUUAGCUGUAUUAGAUCAUUUAGUUAAAAACUGUGGUUAUGCAAUACAUCUACAAAUCAGUACGAAAGAAUUCCUCAAUGAGUUAGUUAGAAGAUUUCCUGAAAGACCUCCUAUGGUCAUUGGUAGAGUCAUGGGAAAGAUCUUAGAGUUGAUACACGAAUGGAAAAAUACACUCUGCGUGCAUUCAAAAUACAAAGAUGAUUUAGCUCACAUUCGAGACAUGCACAGAUUGCUGAGCUAUAAAGGAUAUCGUUUCAAAUCGUUUGAUGCAGCUAGAGCGAUGGCUUCUGCUAAUCCCAACGAGGACCUCAAGUCACCUGCGGAAUUGGAAGAAGAAGAUAGACAGGCUAAAUCAGCUAAAUUGCAAGAAUUGAUUCGAAGAGGCACACCGAGAGAUUUGGCUGCCGCUCAGGAAUUGAUGAAAGCUUUAGCUGGAGCUGAGCCCGAAAAAGCACCCGAUUACGCCGCUCAAACCAUUUCAGAACUUGAUAAAGUACAAUCGAAAGCCAUCCUACUCAAUGACAUGCUCAACAACGCUCGCGAAGGAGAGAAAGUAGGAUUGGACGGGGACGUAUAUCAUCAAGUGGCUUCAGCAUGUAAAGGUGCCCGACCAAAAAUUCAAAAAUGGAUCGAGGAUGAUGAUGGUGAGAAAGAAGGAAUGAUGGAUCGAUUACUCCUUUGUAACGACUUGAUCAACACCGCUUUGGAAAGAUUUGAAGCUUGUAGAGUCGGAGAUUGGACAAGAGCUCAAGCUGUUGUAGAAGCUAAUAAUCCAAACAAAAAAGCGGCCGACCUAAUCUCGUUCGACGCAUUCGCGGAUGAUGAAGAUCCUUCUUCGUCAUCUACUUCUCAAGGAGGCGGGCUUCAUUUACCUGCCGAUAUGACACCAUCAACUUCUAACGCGGGUAUGACAGCUGCUGGACUUCCAUUCGAUUUAUUCGCUCCUAGUCCUUCAGCUUCACCUUCUCCAGGUUCAGGCCCAAGUGGUAUCUCUUCUUUUGGUGGUUUACAAUCACUACAACAACAAACAUCACAACAAAGGGUAAAUCCGAUGGAUUUAUUCAAUUCUCCCAACACUCUCAACCAACAACAACAACAGCAGCAACAAUACACACCGAACUACUCUGCUGGUUUUGGUGGUUUCCAACAACCACCACCUCCUCCUCCUCAGCAACAACAACAAAGACAACCACCAAAUUACGGUUAUCAACCUUCACAACCUUCUCCCAUAUCUGGAUAUUCAUUGUCACCCCAACCUCCAGUCCAACAACAACAGCAACAACAACAACAACGACAAAAUGGUUCAGCUCAAAAUCAAAGACCACCACAACAGCCACCAAAGAAAGAUGCUUUCGCAGAUUUAGUGAAUUUGAUGGAUUAG